GCUUGACAGUUUUGUUUACAAAAAAUUAACAGAGAAUAAUUUUUAUUUAAUAUAUUAUGGCAGGUGAAGUGGUUGUUGAUGCAUUACCAUAUAUUGACCAAGGAUAUGAUGAGCCGGGUGUACGAGAAGCGGCGUUGGCGAUGGUGGAGGAAGAGACACGACGUUACAGACCGACGAAAAAUUAUUUGGAACACCUACAACCUUUAUGCAUAACUGCUUUUGAGACAGAGGUAUUGAAGCAUGAAUUUGAGAGGAUGCAGAAUCGCUUACCGAUGGAAGUGCUUAGUAUGAAACGUUAUGAAUUACCACCGCCUCCAUCUGGUAAGUUAAACGAUUUAACUGCAUGGAAUGAGAGCGUGGAGAACAGCAGCGCGCAAUUGGAGCAUCAAGCUACUAGAAUCUGUAAUUUGGAAUUGAUGAUGGAUUACGGUUGCGAAGCAUGGAAAUCCUACUUGGAAGUACUAGUUCAGUUGCUAGGUCAUGCUCAGAAACAGCUGCAGACGCUGAGAAAAAAGAUUCAGGAGGUCAACUGGCAGAGGAAAUCAAUGCAGACUCAAGGAGGCGACAAAUUGAGAGCUCUCGAAGCACAGUGGGUCAGUUUGGUGUCGAAAAACUACGAGAUCGAGCAGGUUUGCGUGCACUUAGAGGAGGAGAUGCAAAGGGUAUUUUUGAAUAAAGAGGCUGUGGAGAUUAAUGAUGUACCAGCGGUGGAAGGGCCUGAUGUGCCAGGUAACAAUGCAACAGAAACGAUGGCAUUGCAAAUGCAGCAACAGGAAAAUCAGGAUGUUUAG